UCUCGGGCCACUUCGCGCGGCGGCGGCGGCGGGCCUCGUCCAGGAUGGCGGCUCGGCUGAGCGAGGGGGCCAUCGCGGGCCUCAUGCAAGGAGAGAAGGUUAUAAAGCCCGUUCUUCAAGUCAUUAGCAUCCGUCCCAUCUCCUCUGGAAGUGGCCCGCCACGCUACCGAUUGCUGAUGAGUGAUGGCGUGAACACGCUUUCCUCUUUCAUGCUGGCAACGCAGCUGAACCCGAUGGUUGAUGACCAGCGCCUGUCUGCCAAUGCCGUUUGCCAGAUAAACCGGUUCAUCGUUAAUACCCUGAAGGAUGGAAGGAGGGUGGUUAUCCUGAUGGAGUUGGAGGUCGUGAGAGCGGCUGAUGCGGCGGCUGCUAAGAUCGGCAAUCCGGUGCAGUACACCGAAGGAGCCGGGCAGGAGGUGAAGCAGCCACAGGCCGCAGCUGCAGCAGCCAACCAAUGGCCAGGCAAGCCCCUGCAGCAGAACGGGAGCCCAGGAGCGGGUCCCGUUGGGAAAUACGGUGGCCCUUCGAAGGUGCUUGGGAAAGCGGACAGCUCCAGUGUUCUGAGCACCCCUGGGCGCUCACAGGUCAAAGUGGUGCCCAUUAUCAGUUUGAACCCGUACCAGUCCAGGUGGACCAUUUGUGCCCGAGUGACUCAGAAAGGCCAGAUCCGCACAUGGAGCAACUCGCGCGGGGAAGGGAAGCUGUUCUCCAUCGAACUGGUGGAUGAAAGCGGUGAAAUUAGAGCAACUGCCUUCAAUAGCGAAGUGGACAAGUUUUACCCUCUCAUUGAGCUGAACAAGGUGUACUACUUCUCCAAGGGGAAUCUCAAGGCGGCCAACAAGCAGUACACCACGGUGAAAAAUGACUACGAGAUCACGUUCGUUAGCGACACAUCUGUCGUCCCCUGUGAGGACGCAGAGCACCUCCCGUCAGUCAAGUUUGACUUCGUGUCCAUUGGAGAUUUGGAGAAAAUAAACAAGGACUCCAUUGUGGAUGUGAUUGGAGUCUGCAAGAGCUUUGAGGAUGCCGCAAAAAUUACAGUGAAAUCUUCCAACCGAGAGGUUUGCAAGCGGGAUCUGCACUUGAUGGACAUGUCUGGCAAGCUGGUGACAGUCACUCUGUGGGGAGCUGAUGCUGAGCAAUUUGACGGCUCUCGGCAGCCUGUGGUGGCCAUCAAAGGGGCCCGGGUCUCGGAUUUUAGUGGCCGCAGUCUGUCUGCCCUCACGUCGAGCACCAUCAUCAUAAAUCCCGACAUCCCGGAGUCCUUCAAGUUGCGUGGAUGGUUCGACUCCGAGGGGCAGCUUCUGGAAGCCACCUCCAUUUCUAACACGCGGGGUGGGGCUGCAGCAGGCGGGAACGUGAACUGGAAGACUUUGCACCAGGUUAAAUCAGAAAACCUGGGUCAAGGAGAGAAGCCCGACUAUUUCAGCUGCGUGGGCACGGUGGUCUACCUGCGCAAGGAGAACUGCAUGUACAAGGCGUGCCCUUCCCAGGACUGCAACAAGAAGCUGAUCGACGAGCAGAACGGGCUCUAUCGCUGCGAGAAGUGCGACCAGGAGUUCCCCAACUUCAAGUACCGCAUGAUUCUCUUGGUGAACGUCGCCGACUUCCAGGACAACCAGUGGGUCACCUGCUUCCAGGAGGUGGCAGAGACCAUUCUUGGGCAGAGCGCGGCCUACCUGGGCGAACUGAGGGAGAAGGAUGAUUACGCUUUUGGCGAGGUACUUCAGAAGGCCAUGUUCAGCACCUACGAAUUCCGGAUCAGAGUCAAAGUGGAAACGUUCAAUGACGAGUCCCGCCUGAAGGCCACCAUGAUGGACGUGAGUCCCGUCAACCACAAGGAAUAUGGCAAGAGGCUGAUCAUGAACAUCCGGAAGAACGCGGCGCUGCUGGGCUGAGGAGGGUCUGCCCCGCCCCAGCCCACCUCCAGGCCAGACGGGUCUUCCUUUCCGUAGAAGAGCAGCAGACCAAGGUUUCCGUGGGCUCCCCCCACCCCGCCCAGCCGUCUCCUUUGGCACAAAUUCCGGAAUGUUUUGUGGCUUCCUCUUCUGGCUCACGUUGUUUCUCUCCUGUGUUUUCGGUGGUGCGGCUGCAGGAAGGAAGUCGGGGUCAGGUUGGGGUGUCCUUCAGCAGAGAGCCUGUGGGAAGGCAGGAGUCUCACCUGGGCCCAGGUCCUACGAGGGCCCAUAGGACCUCGUGCAGGGUGGGCAGAGAAGGUGCCGCUUCAUCCCCUUCCCUUCACCCCAAAACUCCGAGAGGCUUGGACGCCUCAGUCCCGGGGGGAGCGGGAGGGCCCGAGUGGCGUUGCGGCUGCCCUGGUGGGAACGACACAGCGAGGCCCUUCCUCCCCCUCCCCUCCCUUCACGUUCAAAGACUUCCUUCCUGCCACAGGUGCCAGACAGUUGCUAAUGCCUCGAAAGGCAACAUGGUAGAAUUAUUAAUCAAAGUCGUAUCUCUUAUAUCUGAAGAAUAUCCUUUCUUCAGGGUUUAAUAGACUGAGUCAGAUGGGCCUGAUAUUAAUCAAAAUUGUCUCUUCUGAGAGAAGCUGAUAAGCAUUGACUCUUCAUCCCCCUGGGAAAUCUAGGCGACUACAAAGCAGUGCGUUAGUUUUUCACGUCAAUUAAUAUUGCAUUUUUGGGGGGCUGCGGACUGCAGCGCUUGCCACCGGUCCAGGCUUCUUCUGUUCGUAUUUCAGCAGCUCUCGAUUUGUUUAUCUCGAAGGGGACGGAGCCUCCAAAUUGGGAGAUGCGUUUCUUUUGUCUCUCAAUAAAGCAGCAUUCGGUUCUUGUG